CCCCUCUUCUUUUCCUAUCAUGUCCCAAGGAUAAGGAAAGAGGAGCAUGAUGCUGCCAUUGGAGGGAGAUGUGAACGAUAGAACAGUUGAAAAAUGAGAGGAUUCCAGUUGCACAAACCCCGCGUUUUCUUUAAGGAGGAAGAGUAGCUUGAAUUCUGGGGUUUGUUUACUUUGGAAUUUCUAAUUUUUCUCGACACUGGCCUGACACAGACCACAUGGCCAUGUAGAGAGAUGUCCAGCUUCAAAGUUCAGACCCACCCACAUUACUCUGUCCACAUGAAAGUGGAGGAGGACGGAUUGUAUUGGGACCAGGAAAAAAUUUUCAGAUCUGACCCACACUUUCCCACCUCCAAUUCAUUACUAGAUUGCUGGAUAGCUUCUCUUUCUUUUUCCUCCUUUCUUUAAUCUUUGUGUGUGUGUGUGUGUGUGUGUCUCUCUCUCUCUCUCUCUGUCUGAAAUAAGAAUAAGAAAAGCCUGUCACCACUUCUCAUUCUCUCCAGACUGAUGUGAACAUUUGCUUACAUAACAAACGUUUCACAUUACAUCACACCUCCCUCCCUCUCCCUCUCCCUCUCUCUCUCUCUCUCUGUCUCUCGAGUAAUAUAGACUAGCUUCUCAGCAGCCUUUUUUAUACUAGAGAGAGCCAAAAAGACAAAAGUGUUACUUUGUUCUGCGAGGAAACCCAGAAAACAUCUCUUCUUGAGUCUGCGGAAAGGAACUUCACUGCGCUAAAAUGGUCCUCGAGCAUGGCUCUGGAUUCUAGCUCCUUCAGUUUCUCAUUGGCUGAUUUGAUUCUUUUUUGGGUCCCCUCCCCUUCAUACAAUCCUACUUCCUGAAUUUCACCGAAAACUUAUCUGCUUACGUCGUUCUUGGAAGUCCAUUGUCCUGUGUUUUGAUCCCGUGCAGAAUCAUAGGAUUUGGUCUCUUCUGUUAUCUUCAUUUUCAUCUUCAAUUGUCCUUCCAUUCUCAUCCGUCACAGACUCUCUUAGAGCCCUGAGAAUAAGAAAGCAAAGCAGAAGGAAAAUGCAUCCAUGCUGAAAUGCAUGCAUGAUUGUGUGCUUUGGAAUGCGAAAUUCAGUGCUCUCCUAGUUUACACGGAGUUUCUUCUCCUUCAGUUUCAGAAACACAUGCCUGCACAUAAUUUGUAGGUUUGGUAUUGUGAGCGCACAACAUGUCCACGAGAAUCCUUUAUUCACUGACAGAUGACAAGGCAGGAAUGCAGAAGCAAAUUGGGUGUAUGAAUGGGAUCUUUCAACUCUUUGAUCGUCAGAAUUUUCUCUCGGGCAGACGCUUAAAUGGCCACAGCCACAAGAGGCUUCUUGCAGGUCAAAAUGCCCCUGUUGAUGCAGAGGAAGAUGUAGUAUCACAGAAAUCUGCGGUGAAGAACUCCAAAGCAACAAAGUUUGAGAGACACAGAUUGUCAUCUGAUUCCUCAAGAAGCUCUGUCUCCUCUUCAUGUAAUUCGUCUAGUUUCUCCUCGCUUGAGGAGAAUAGACCAGCAAAGUCAGAACCAUCUUUGGUCAGGCUAAGCACAACCCAAAAUAAUCAGCCGCACGACUCACCACUCCGCCAUUUAAAUGCUGCUGAGCAUUUGAGUGGACGAUGCCUUGACCUCACUGAUAUUGGCAAGGGCUCCAAUCACAGAGAAGCUCUGGGGGUUUCAUUAAGGCCUCCAACCAAAGAUAAAGCAGCUACUUUGACAUAUAUAGACUCGCCUAGGCCACUAAAGCCGUCAAAAUCUGUUAAAUCAAAAACUUCUUAUGUGUCUGAAUCAUUCAGAGUUCUGCCUAACCUUCCCCAACCUCAGACUUCAGCCGAACAGAUGGAAAUCGACAGUUUUUGUUCUUUGUCUAAGAAGGAUGCUCCUCGUUUCUCUUAUGACGGACGAGAAUCAAGGGAUGCUUUGAAGUCCAACUUAAAGCUGAAAGAGCCACCCAGGCAUUCAUUGGAUAGCAAGAGAGGAUCCAUGUCAUUUUCCUCUCAAAGUCAGCCGCGUUAUUUGCAAGGGAAUCAUCAAAGGGUGAAUCACAGUAUGGAUCAAACUGUGAAUUCACCCCAAGAACUACGGAGCCACAUGAGGCAAUCGGGUGUGGUAGCGAAGUUGAUGGGGCUGGAAACCCUCCCAGAUUCAAUGUCGAACUCCAAGCUUCAGGUGGGGCAUAGCAGAACCAACUCAAUUGAAGCAUUUGAUCCCUUCUCCGUUUCAUCGAGAACACUUGAUGGAAACAAGCCUGCUCUACUAUCUGGCUCCCCAAGGAAGAGCCAAAGGUCAGCCAUCUCACAACAGGAGGCCGCUGCAGAUUCAGUCAUGAAGUUCAACCCAAGUUCACAGUUUCCAAUACAAGCAACUGCAUGGAAGAGACCAGAAGGAAGCCAAAGUCCUGCCCUGCCGGUCCCCGAGUCUACUGCAUCACAUCCAAAAGAAUCAAAUUCAACCCUCUCAGUUUAUGGAGAAAUUGAGCAAAGAUUGGCACAGCUUGAGUUCAAGAAAUCAGGGAAGGAUCUGAGAGCUCUUAAACAGAUACUUGAAGCAAUGCAAAAAUUCAAAGAGACAUUGGAAAACAAGAAAGAUGUCCAGGCAUCAGAGUUUAUGCUUCAAGCAAGCAGUUACAGCUCAAGCAGCAGAGCAAGAGUAGCUCCCUGUGGAAACAUAAAAUCUGAAGCCCCAGAUUCACCCAGAAUCAAGAGAAUCAGUUCCCCAAAGAAUUUGCAAUCCACAAUUGUUACCGUGAAACAAGAUAGAAGUAAAGAAAAACUGAACAUCCCUGGAUCCCCUGUCAAUUCCCCAUCAGGUCUCGCCAAGCUCCGGAUCUCUCCAAGUAGCCGGAGAAAAUCAGUUGAGCAGCAACAAAACGAGGAUCUUACUCCAAGAAAGGUUUCCAGUAGGCAACCCCAUGUCCUGGACAGAAGAAUUGGUUCUAGAAACACAUCGACGCGAGUAGCAGUAGAGCACCAACAUGUUUCUGAAAACACCAGUUCUUGCAGGAAUUCAGGAGCUUCAAGCCCACGGCUUACGCUGAAGAAGUCGAGGGCAAUAGAUGCUCAGAGGACAAGUAAUCCAGGGAAGCCAACAAGAGAACCACGCUCUCCAGGGAGAACACCCAAAUCCAAAACUAACCACGUGCCUCUUAGUUCUGACCAAGGGAAUGAGAACAGCAGCCAUUCAAGGGAUCUCAGCGACCAAAACAACACCAUUUCUCUGCAAUCUGCAGCUAGUAUGGACUCUCAGGAUGACACAGAAGUUUCCAGUGUAUAUAGCUUUGCUGAAAUCCGUGGCACACUCCCUCAAGAUGAUCAAACCAGAAAAAAAACAGUCCACACGAGAGAACAGGAAUUAAGCAGGAAACUUGGAAUACCUACAACAGAACAACCAAGUCCAGUCUCCGUCCUUGAUGCAUCAUACUUUGAAGACGAAACACCAUCACCAGUGAAAAUGACCUCAGAAGCCUUUAAAGAUGAUGAAGUUUCUGGCGAGGUAAAGUGGAAUUUGCAAGAGCUAAAUAAUUCAUCUGACAGCAAAAGAAGCAGCUUUGGCUCAGCUAUCAACCAGAAUAGAUUAGUCAAUCUUCCGCUGGUUCAGAAUGAUAUAGAAGUGUUCUCCACUAACCCAGGAUCUGGCACUGCAUUCCCAAGUGAGGGCACAAGCUCGGAUCAUGCAUACAUUUCGGAGAUAUUGUCAGCAUAUGGUCUGCUAAGCGAUCUUGAUUCUGGAUUAAUGACCAUCCGGCUCCACCCAUCAGGACACCUGAUUUCAGGAAACUUGUUCCACACACUAGAACAAACCAAGGCAAGCAACAACAUUUCAAGUGGAGAUCAGGCCAGGGAAUGCACUGUUCAGACAAAACAAGGCGAAAAAAUGCGAAGAAAACUGAUAUUCGAUGUUGUUAGCGAGAUCUUAGUGCAUAGUGUACUAUCAGAUUAUUCCAGGAACCAGUUCUCACCAAAUAAGCUGGCAGGGAGAAAGACAGCACAACAGCAGCUCUUGAAAGGGUUGUGCUCUAAGAUAGAUCAGCUUCAAACUGACCCCCCAAAUUGCAGGUUUGAUGGGGAGGACGACGAUUUGAGGACUAUCUUAUCAAAAGAUUUGACCCAUCAAGAGCUGCACUGGACAGGUUCUAACGACAUAUCAGGAGUAGUCUUGGACAUUGAGAGAUCGAUCUUUAAAGACUUGAUUAGUGAAGUAGUGAGCAAUUUGGCAGCCGGUCCGCGACCCCAACUGACAGGCCACCGCAGGCAGCUGAUUUUCAAGUAGCACCUUUAGUGUGUUUUCCCGAUCCUUCCAGUCGUUAUGUUUCUGUAAAUCUCUUCUUUCCCUUGGUGAAGACAAAGGGAUCAAACUUUUCUUUAACAUAAUAAACAGUACAAUACUGACA